AUGCUGUCGGUGGUGAAUCCAUCUACUGAUAACAGUCGCAAACUUUCUACAGAGAAUCAGAAGGUAGAAAGGGUGAUAGCGAAAGAAUUAGCUAGGCAGGAAUCAUCAGGAGCAAAUCAAUCUACAAUAAAAUUAGUUGGUCUUGAAAUUAAGACUAUUACUAGUGAUGAUAUACAACUGAUUCAAAAUGUCGAUAGACUUUCACUAAGAAAGAAUCAAUUAGUAGCACUUCCUAAGUGUUUUGCGACUUUAAAGAAUCUACGUUAUUUAGAUCUUAACUCGAAUAAUUUGAGAGAUAUACCACAUAUUUUACAACAAUGUCCACAGUUAGAAAUUUUAGAUUUAUCUGGUAAUAGGAUUAAGACAUUACCAUUAGAUAUAUCUCCUUUCUGGAAUCAAAAUUUAAAAGUCUUAUCAUUGAAAAAUAAUAGAUUAACUUCCAUAAAUGAUUUACGAAUAAUAUUGGCACUGCCGAAGCUUAAUAUUUUAGAAAUUGAAGGUAACAAUAUUCCAAGAGAAGAAUUAGACAUGGUUCAAGCAUAUACACCUAUAACAUCAGCGAUACCCAAGGAUGAAUACUGGGCUAUGGCGCUGCGAAGAUACUUCGAAGAUCAUCCAGAUAGAAACACCCUUCCUAGUUCAUCAACUACUCAACAAAAUAAUCAGGAUUCUACAAGUAAACUUUCAAGAGCCUCCAAGAGGAUGGGGUUUAUUAAUACUACCAGAAGUGGAUCCAUGUCAUCACCAUUACAACAUUCACCUAAAAAUUCAUCAAACGAUACAGCAACCACUGCAUCGUAUCAACCUGUAGAUACUGCUCAAUCAAGCCGAAGAACACAUCCAGCAGCUAAUAACGAAGAUAAUAAUCUUAGAAAUAGUGGUGGUGUCGCAAGUAGUAGUAGUAAUACCAACAAUUUAAGUCUUCCAACUCCAACUACAUCAAUGCUAAGUCAUUCCCCUAAUUCAUCUCAUGGUCAAAACAGUAGUGGGACAGAAUUAUACAAUCACACAAAAUAUAACGAUUACUUCAAGAGAUUGUCUAUUUUACCCGAGGAGACUAUGGUUAAUGAAGAAACAAGAAUUUCUCAAGCAGAAUUAGUGGCAGCUUGUAGAAAAUUGCUCUUUGGGUUCACUGAAUGCCAACAAGCUGUGAGAAAAAUUGCAUCGUUUUGUAAAGAAGCAUCUAUUGCUGUUAAUAUUGUAUCUCUAUUGUAUUCUGUGAGAACCCAUAUAGAUAACCUGGUUGAAAUAUUAGAACAAAUUGAAAAUGAAGAAUCUCCGAGUGAUCAAGGUUUGAUCAAAAUUUGCAUUACUAUCAUAUCAUCAUUCAAACAAAUUAUUACACUGUUACGCAAGAAUUUUACAACGUUUUUUGAAGAGGAUGACUUAUGUUUUAUCCGUAUGUUCUAUAUGACAUUACUAUGUUCAUACACAGAAAUAUACAACGCAUGGAGUUUCAUUAGUCCUGAAUUCCACUGGAGAACAUCAAAACAACAAAGAAAAAAAUAUCCAUUAAAAACAGAAGAUUCUUCUUCAGCGUUAUCAUUUGUUGCAUCUUCUACUUACAAACCUAACCCUACCAAUGCAAGCAUUAAUGAAGAGAAAAAUCCAUUUGAACAAAAUUUGGCGAAUUUUAAUAACUCAAAGCAUAAUAUUACCCGAGUUCGUAGUAAUACUUUACAAAACAAACUUGUAUCAAAUUUGCCAUCAACUUUAGCACACACAAACUCUUCUAAUAGUGAGGGUUCCUUUAAUAGCAGUACAGUCAAUGAAUUAUCGUCUAGUACUGAACAUCCAAAUACACAACUUAAAAAUAGCUCAACAUCACAUGCAUCUACUUCUUUCUCACAUACUGAUGGUAUAUCCAGAGAAAGAUCAAACGACAACUCACCAAGUUCGCACCAUAAUGUAUAUAGCCAAGAGAUGUCUCGUUCUGCAUCCAUUAGUAAAGUGCAAAGAUCCGAAAGUGUUUCAGAAAGGGAGAGAUUAUCAUCAUCUCCAGCAGGUAGUACCAUGUUACGUACUGCAUCUGUAAGUUCUCAACACGCAUCUAUGAAGAAGUCUUCGGGUAGCAAUAUACUAGUCAAUAAAGAUAUGUCAGUUAGAAAUAAGGCAGAUAUAAUCGGAGAGCUUGCCACUGAAUCAAAUCACAAGACUUCAUCAGAAAUAGAUCGAUCCCAAACAACUUCUGGGAAUGAAAAUGAUAAAGCCACAAAUGGUGGAUCCAUUUUAAUGCAAAGAAGCGAUAGUAAUAACAAAGCUGUAGAAGUCACUGAAAGAAGAAGUCAAGAUUCCAGUGUACACAGUAAUAAUACGACAAUAGUGGAAGCAACCACAACAGGUGAAGCUGAGCAAAAUAUUGAUCGUCAACUAUAUGAAAUGUUAAUCAAUGUUACAAGAAUGGUGAGUGUAGUUUAUGAUCAAUUGACUAAUGAAAUCUCAAGAAUCGCUAUGGCUAGUACAACUGGUCAACAAAAGCUAACCGAUGAAUUAUUAUUAAGAAUACGUGGUUUGACAGAUACAUGUUGUCAAGCAUUAGAUUUAUCAAAGACAUUGAAUGAAAGAUUACAAUUAUUGGUUAACGAUGAUCCAAAGAUUGUUGAACCAUAUUUAAGUGACAAUGAAAAGUUGAUUACAUGGGAGAGUAUUAACGCAUUUUUGAAAUCUAUUAUAUCUAUUCUUGCAAGUACAAAGAUUGUUAUGACCGAUUUACCUAAUUUAAAUGAAAUCAGACCUCAUUUAGCAUCUUUGGCCAAAAUCACAAAAGAUGUUACAGUCAUCUUAGAUUUAAGUUCGUAUAAAGCCGUAUCAGUAACAGCAUCUCAAUUACAAAAACAACAACAAGUACAAAUUCAACAACAACAACAACAACAACAACAACAACAACAACAACAAUUGCAUCAACAACAGCAGCAGCAACAGAUUAACAGUCAUACGCACGUUCCUCUGUUGACGCCACAACCAUUACCUAACAAUACACAAAACAGUUACCCAUUCGAAUGA